GCCUGGGUGCUGCUCCCGGCUAUUUGACGUCACCGGCCAGAGAGGAGGGGGGAAGAAGACGGCGGCGAGGAGGGACGGACGGAGUCGGUAGUAAAGGGGAAGACGCGAGCGCCCAGCCGGUCCCAGCUUCUCCUCGCCCAGGCACCCAGGUUCGGGCUGCUUGCUUUUGGGAGGCUCCAAUGCCUGGUCCUACUCAAGCGCUGUCCCCAAAUGGAGAGAACAACAACGACAUCAUCCAGGAUAACGGCACCAUCAUUCCUUUCAGGAAGCACACAGUGCGAGGGGAGCGUUCCUACAGUUGGGGAAUGGCGGUCAACGUGUAUUCUACCUCUAUAACCCAAGAGACUAUGAGCAGGCAUGACAUCAUUGCAUGGGUGAAUGACAUAGUAGCUUUAAACUACACAAAAGUUGAACAACUGUGUUCAGGAGCAGCUUACUGUCAGUUCAUGGAUAUGUUGUUCCCAGGGUGUAUUAGUUUGAAGAAAGUAAAAUUUCAAGCAAAGCUUGAGCAUGAAUAUAUUCAUAAUUUCAAACUUCUGCAGGCAUCAUUUAAAAGAAUGAAUGUGGAUAAGGUUAUUCCAGUGGAGAAAUUAGUAAAGGGACGUUUCCAAGACAACCUUGAUUUCAUACAGUGGUUUAAGAAAUUUUUUGAUGCUAACUAUGAUGGGAAAGAAUAUGAUCCAGUAGAGGCUCGGCAAGGCCAAGAUGCAAUUCCACCACCUGAUCCUGGGGAACAGAUCUUUAAUCUGCCAAAAAAGUCUCAUCAUGCAAACUCUCCUACAGCAGGUGCUGCCAGAUCCAGUCCUGCAUCAAAACCUGGCUCCACAUCAUCUCGCCCAUCAUCAGCAAAAAAAACACCACCAAGCAGUUCGGUGUCUAAGUCUGAUAAAGAUUUGGAGACACAAGUCAUACAGCUCAGCGAACAGGUACAUUCAUUAAAACUUGCACUUGAAGGUGUGGAAAAGGAAAGAGAUUUCUAUUUUGGGAAGUUAAGGGAGAUUGAGCUUCUCUGUCAAGAACAUGGAGAAGAAAACAAUGAUCUUGUUCAACGGUUAAUGGAAGUUCUCUAUGCUUCAGAAGAACAUGAGAGCCACACAGAAGAACAUGAAGGUGAGGAACAGGUUCAUGAACAGCCCCAGCAGCAGGAAGAAUACUGACCAUCUGGCACACUGGCUGCUUCUGAUUUUCUGUGGGAACUUUCUUUGGAAGAAUGGAAUGUGUGUGGCCUCAGACUUGAAACCAAUCACUCUCUGUCUGCCAUUAACAUAAAUGUACCAUAGUGAGUGUCAGCCAAUUUGCCAAGAUGUGUUUUGCAGAAGUCUUCUAUCAGCAUUUGCACCUAAGAAGGUCUCCAAGCUUUGUUCCCAGUUUCUACCACUGCAACUUCACUAUCUGGCUGCUUGAAAUUUGUUCAGCUUUUAAAAAAAUAUAUAAAUAUAUAUAAUAUAUAUAUAUUUAUUUUUCCUUUUGUCUUAAGUAUGAUAACAUUUGUAAUUUGUUCAAAACUAUUUAUAUGGACAUCUCUUACAACAGAAAAUACUAUUCAGUUAGGUUUCUCACAUUUCAUGGUAAUUUGGUCCACUUGGACAUAAAUUUGGUCAAACUGCAAAAGGGGGAAAUAAGUGAAAUAAUCAAAUUUAAAUAAUUUUCCCUAAUUAGAACAAAAGCACACAUACUAGAACUGUAAUGUUUCUGAUGUCAUACUCAAAAGCAUGUUAGAAAGCUAUACAGUGUAUCCUAUAGUAUUGGAAGAUGCAUACAUGUCUGCCUAAUCUUUCUUUGGACACUCUUCCUUCUAGAAAGUUAUUCCUAUUUCAAUUCUGUAUUCAGUAUUUGUCAGUUUAAGCAUUUAUACAGAUUUUCACCACAGUAUCUGUAUCUGAAGGUGUCACUUACAUUCCAACUCCCACUGCUGGCUAUAUUGACCAUGAAAACAACCCUUUUACUUUUUCUUCUGUGCGAGGGGAGAAACUAGUGAUUGGGCAUGUCAAAAUAUUUACUAGCACAAUUAUACAGUUUAUCUUCUAAAGGCCUUCAUACUCGUCUUUGGAACCUAAAAGUCAGUGAGCAACUCAAGUCCACACAGAUGCAGUGCCAGUUUCCAAGUUGUACUGGUGGGAGAUACAUUAUCCAGAAACACAAGCUAAGCAGUCCUGAAUGGAUUGGAAGCAUGGAGAAACAAAUUGCCGGAUUAUAGAAAUAUUCAGUACCAUGAGUUCUACUAUUAACUUCUUGUUAAAUUUGCACUUAGAUUGUGGCAUUUUUAUAAUAGAAAUAUAAUAAACCAUAUUAAAACAUUCCUUAUUGUUUAAAUUGCACAUUUUCAUAGUCUAGUUAUAGUAUUUUUCCAUUGUAUUCACUGUUUUAUGUUUUACUCAGUUUUAAAUUUGAUUGGUUUUAGGUACUCUAGCAAAAAUAAAAUAGAAGUCAACCUACAUGUUACCAUCACUGAAGGUCUCAGUCUACUCUAGUAAACUGCAGUGGUCAUAAAUGGUAGUUCUAUUCAUUUAAUGAUAUGUUGCAUCUUUCAAAGAUUUUUUUCUCUAAAAUCUCUUGCUUCAGAAUGACUCUUAUUUAAUUACAGCUCAGGCAGCAUGUAUUACAAUCUCUCUUUAAUCCUGUAGCUCAACAGAAGUUUAGUUCCGCUCUUCAGGUUAGAAGAAUUUACAACAGCCAUACUAUGCCAACUCAUCAUAAUGAAAAAUAAAAUUAUCAUCUUUCCUAGAAAAUCUUGUAAUAUUUUUAAGGGAAAGGAUUUGGUUUCCCUUGGCAGGCAUCAUCAAACUCAUAAAUAACAGCCUUACUUUCCAAAGGAUGCAGUAUGCUGUCAUAAUCCAGCAAAAAUUCUGCUUUAUAAUAUUUAUAACUUUUAUUAUUGUUAUGCCACCUCCAAAAUGCUCCUUGUAGUUAAAAAAAAAACAGGGAGUCAUCUUCAAACACUCCCACUGCCAUCAAUGCAGUCAUGUCUUGUGUUUCUUUUUCCUUCUGGGAAAACUUUAAAAUACUUCCUUUUGAAGCGCUUUUUGGGCUUUUGAAGGUUUGUUUCUAAAUUGCUCUCUUCCAAAGCCUCUCUGCUCCCCAGUCCUGUCACAUAGGAAUAUUUUGUGUCCAUAGGGGGAGGGUUAUGUAUCUGGUUUUCUUCAUUCCCCUUUGCAUGACUAGUCUAUGGAGCAUUUUUUCCCUGUUUGGAGACGAGAAGUGGCUGGCUUAGGGGGCAGCAGUGUAAUAAUUUAAUAUAAAACCUGAUCUGCUCAGUUGUGCUGAGGGGAGUGAGAGACUCUUGGAAGGGAAAGAGGACCCCCCUCCCCCGUGGUGAGUAAUCCUGUUAUUUCGUUACAGUUUUAAUAUGCAUUUGCAAUUACUUUUACUAAAUAGCACACCAUAAAGCUUUGGUUAUAUAUUAAAUGUAAACUGAAAGGAAUGUAAACAUGUAUUGUUAAUUAUAAAUAGAUAAUGACAUAAUAGAUGCAAAAAGUCUUAUUCAGAUGUAUCAGUCAUUUUGCAUUACCCACCAAUUGUCGCAUGACAGAAUAUACUUUUUUUGUCUCUGAAUAUGUGAAUAAUUUGACUUGCGUUUAUCUUUUUACAUAUUUAAUAAAAAAAUGUUACAAUC